GUCAGUAGGAGUCAGAUAUCCCUCCCUUCUCACGGGGAUGCUCACAAAAGAGAGUUAAGCCACUGUACCUACCGUGACUACUUAAUAUAUAAGCGAAACGGUAACAGGUGACAGACCAGGAACACGUUUUAUCGAACGAAAGAAUUAGAAUAUUAAAAUGAAGGAGCACGAGGCAACAGGAACCUGCCAAAAGAAACCAACGAAAUUGCGAAAUCUCAUUUACAAGACUGAAGCUUUUGAUUCUUUGCAUGCUGGAAAUGCAGAGAAAACAUUGUGCUCUGGUCAAGUAUGUCUUGGUAGCGUUAUGCAGUUACCAAUUCAUGGUACAGAGCCGCGAUCAAAAGAAGAAAUUCUUCUACAUGCGAAAGAUUUUCUGGAACAAUAUUUUUCUUCUAUUAGAAGAUUAAAUAGCGAAGCACAUCGUAUUCGUUGGGAAAGUGUACAAAAAGAAGUUACAGUUACUGGUACUUAUCAAUUAACUGAAACAGAAUUAGUUUUUGGAGCGAAGCUAGCAUGGCGUAAUGCUACAAGAUGCAUUGGUCGUAUUCAAUGGUCUAAAUUACAGGUAUUUGAUUGCCGUUAUGUCACAACAACUAGCGGCAUGUUUGAAGCUUUAUGCAAUCAUAUUAAAUAUAGCACAAACAAAGGAAAUAUUAGAUCUGCAAUAACAAUAUUUCCGCAACGUACGGAUGGAAAACAUGAUUAUAGAGUGUGGAAUCAUCAAUUAAUAAGUUAUGCAGGAUAUAAAAAUCCGGAUGGUACCAUAAUUGGCGAUCCUGCAAAUAUUGAAUUCACUGAGCUAUGUAUGAAAUUAGGUUGGAAAAGUGCACGUACUCGUUUCGACAUAUUACCAUUGAUAUUAUCGGCAAAUGGUCAUGAUCCUGAUUAUUUCGACAUUCCAAAUGAACUUGUUUUAGAAGUACCCCUUAGUCAUCCAACAUAUGAUUGGUUUGAAAAAUUAGAAUUAAAAUGGUUCGCAGUUCCUGCUGUAUCUGGAAUGGUAUUUGAUUGCGGAGGAUUAGAAUUUACAGCCGCACCAUUCAAUGGUUGGUAUAUGAGUACUGAAAUUGGAUCGAGAGAUUUAUGCGAUGUUCAACGAUAUAAUUUAUUAGAGACAAUUGCAACUCAUAUGGGAUUAGAUACAAGAACAUCUACUUCGUUAUGGAAAGACAAAGCUAUGAUAGAAGCUAAUGUCGCUGUUUUGCACAGUUUUCAAAUGAAAAAUGUAACAAUUGUAGAUCAUCAUACGGCUUCAGAAUCUUUUAUGAAACAUUAUGAAAAUGAAAUGCGAUUAAGAAAUGGAUGUCCAGCUGAUUGGCUAUGGAUAGUACCACCGAUAUCAGGAUCAGCUACACCUGUAUUCCAUCAAGAAAUGGCUCUUUAUUAUUUAAAGCCGUCAUAUGAUGCUCAGGAACCUGCUUGGAAAACACAUGUUUGGAAAAAAGGUCGUGAUAAGAAAUCAACUUCUAAAAAGCCAAGACGAAAAUUUCAUUUUAAGCAAAUUGCAAGAGCAGUAAAAUUUACAUCUAAAUUAUUUGGAAGAGCUUUAUCUCGAAGAAUAAAAGCUACAGUAUUAUUUGCCACGGAAACUGGUACAUCACAAAUGUAUGCUGAAAAACUUAGCGAAUUAUUAGGACAUGCUUUCCACUCGCAGGUACUUUCCAUGUCAGAUUAUGAUAUUAGUAAUAUAGAACACGAAGCUUUAUUAUUAGUUAUAACAUCUACUUUUGGAAAUGGUGAUCCUCCAGAAAAUGGCGAAGCUUUCGCACAAAAUUUAUAUGCAAUGAAAAUGAAUGAAACGUACAUUAAUAGUGGCAAUAAAAUAAGUUUGGCAACUUCAAAAUCGUUUAUUAAAGCAAAUAGUCAAACAGAAGUAAGCAAUUCAAAAAAACUGGACAGGUUGGAUUCUCUUCGGGGUUCAACCACAGAUUCUCAAACAGAAGAUAAUUUUGGUCCUUUAAGCAAUGUUAGAUUUGCUGUUUUUGCAUUGGGAUCAUCAGCAUAUCCAAAUUUUUGUGCAUUUGGUCGUUAUGUGGAUAAUUUAUUAGGCGAAUUAGGUGGAGAACGAUUGUUAAAAUUGGCACAAGGAGAUGAAAUGUGUGGACAAGAACAAGCUUUUCGAAAAUGGGCAGCCGAUACUUUUGCUGUUGCAUGUGAAACUUUCUGUUUAGAUGAUGAUGAUACUUUGCUUGAAGUUGCUUUAUCUUUAGGAUCAGAAGCUUUAUCAGCAGCAACUGUUCGUUUUAUAGAAGCUGAACCCCAACCAAUUGGCAAAGCUUUAAGCAAAUGUCACAACAGAAACGUAACUACUUGUAAUAUGUUUCGAAAAACAAAUUUAAGCGGUGAUUCAUCGAGUGGAACUACAUUACUCUUAGAACUCGAUGAUAUAGCAAGUAUGGAAAUAUUAUAUAAACCUGGUGAUCAUUUGGGAGUUUUUGCAUGUAAUAGAUCAGAAUUAGUAGAAGCAAUUUUAAAACGAGUACAAACUCCUUUUGAUCCAGACGUACCAAUUGAAUUACAAAUACAAAAACAAUCUCAUACUCCUAAUGGAAUCGUAAAAACAUGGAUAGCACAUGAUAGAUAUUUACCCAAUUCCUUGAGAAUAUUAUUAAAAAGAUUUUUAGAUAUCACUACACCACCAACGCCGAACCUUCUUAGAUAUUUUGCAUCCAUUGCUACAAAUCCAAAAGAACAAGCUCAACUCAAUCUUUUAGCUUCUGAUCCAGCAGUUUAUGAGGAUUGGAGACACUGGAAAUUUCCUAAUUUAGUAGAAGUAUUGGAUGAAUUUCCAUCCGUAAGACCUUUUGCACCAUUAUUAUUACUUCAUUUAACUCCUUUGCAACCAAGAUUUUAUAGUAUAUCUUCAUCUCCGGAUGUACAUCAAGGACAAAUACAUCUUACCGUUGCUGUCGUUCAAUACAAAACACAAGAUGGUUUUGGACCAAUCCAUUACGGAGUUUGUUCCAAUUAUUUACGCGAGAUAUCAGAUGGAGAACCUUUAUAUGUAUUUGUACGUAGUGCGCCUAAUUUUUAUAUGCCAUCCGAACCAAAAGCACCGAUGAUAUUAGUCGGACCAGGAACAGGAAUUGCUCCAUUUCGUGGUUUUUGGCAUCAUCGUCUCGCAGAAAUAAAGCGCCGACCAGAUCUUGAAUAUGGAAAAGUCUGGUUAUUUUUUGGUUGUCGUCAAAGAAAUCUAGAUCUCUAUAGACAAGAGAAAGAAGAAAUGGUAGAACUUGGCGUUUUAGAUAAAAUCUUCUUAGCUCUUUCACGAGAAUCUGGUUUCAAAAAGACAUAUGUACAAGAUUUAAUUCAAGCGGAAGCUUCACAAAUUUAUGAUAUGUUAGUGUAUGAAGGAGGUCAUUUUUACGUUUGUGGUGAUUGUACAAUGGCAGAAGAUGUUUAUCAAACUUUAAAACAUAUUAUACAAACUCAUGGUGAAAUGACAGAUAAACAAGUUGAAGCAUAUAUGUUAUCACUACGUGAUGAAAAUCGUUAUCAUGAAGAUAUAUUUGGUAUUACUUUAAGAACAGCAGAAGUACAUAAUAGAUCAAGAGAAACAGCAAGAAAUAGAAUGGCUGCCGAACCUUAAAUUUUAUUCUGAUAAAC